UUCAAACAAACAAAGGUCUUGUAUGUCGUCGACAAAAAUAAAGUACACUUUUUAUUCUGAAAAAGACUGAUGACAGCCCCAUUUUUAAUAAAAGACUAAACUGCACAGUAGUGUUGCUCAGGAUGUGAUGCACUAUGCCUUCCUCGGAUAACCAAGAAUGUCAGAGACGAACUGUAUCUGCUUCUGCCAUUUGUUCCCUUGUUCUUUUGGUGGGACUGCUCAUGUUUGUCACCAUAUAUCUGACUCUCAGCUGGCAGGAUAUUGUUAAGGAGCAUAUCAUGCAGGAUGUGACCUAUGAUCUGAAUGAAGACAUGUAUGACGACUGCCAGACCAAAGCUACGGUUGUGACGGAUAAAGCUAUUAUGCAGAAAUGGAACACCAGCAGAAACGUCAUUACAACCUGGAGCAACGCAGAGCACAGAGCUAGAGAGCCAGCACACAAGUAUAUGGAGAAACACCUUUCAACAGCCAUUUACAUUUACACAAAAGUGAUGAUGCAACCUUUCAAGUCAAACCUUGAUACUAAAGUAAUUACUGGAAAACUAAACAAGACAUUUGAGCCACACUCCCUUUAUUCUUCCUUAAGCAAAGCCAUUCAGAUUCUGAAGCACAGCCAGGUGACAUGUCUCUGGACGAAUUACCGAACUGAGACGCUUUUGAAUCUGAACAUCUCUGACAAACUGAUUCGGUUCAGCACCUUCAUAUUAGGCACUGACGGAUGGAAUUUUACCAGGAACGCUUCAUGUUUUGAAGUAUACACGUGUUUCGGUGCUGACAUAACACAUUACUCUGCAUUACAGCUAAACAGCCAGGUGCUGAUUCCUCCCUAUGAGGUUUUCAGAGUCACAGACACAGACACGGACACACAGAGGUAUACAGUCUUAUACAGACUGAAGAGCAACCUAAACUGUGUUUAUGAUAUAGAGAGCAAUACGUUGCAACCUAUAUCUGCGUUACCUGCAGAUGGGUUUUGGCUAAUUGUUGUCAUUGCCUGUGUAAUUAUUGUAUCUCUUUUGCUACCCUUUGUCAUUGUGAAGGUGUUAGAAAAUCAUAAUAAAAAAGCAGUAUACAGUGCCCCAUAUCUACAUAACAACUCUUACUACACGGCUGGAGUUGUCAUCUGAAAGGCAAGGUUUCAUUUCAACUGAUUCUAAUUCAUUCAUACACCAAAAAUUCCGUGUUUAAAACUUCAUGUAUAAGUAAAUAUUGUUAGCGUAUUCUUGGAAUGCAUACAUUUUUUUAACUUUUCUUUUCAUGACAUAAUAUUCAAAAAUUUGACUUGCCAAAUUGUAAUAAAGUGUUCUGUUACUCAAUCAAUGACUUCCAAGUUUCAAGCCUUUGCAACUCACUAGGAAAUGUUGUGAGUAAGCCUGGGAAAUACAAUCAGGUCAUAAGGGUCAUUACAAAUAAUUGGACAAAUCAAAACAUAUAAAUAAUGCCGUUUCAUUUGUAGCAAAAUAGUCAACAGAGCAGUGUAAGUUGAAUUGUUUUAUUUUUGAGUAUAUCUUAUUGUCUUUAGUUUAGGAUUUGUGUGCUAAGAAAUAAGAAAUCACUUGGACUGCCAACCUUUUGUCAAUAUUGUCUAUCCAUAAAUCUUAUUUUAUCAAUCUUUUGACAUAAGAAUCAGAACAUAAAUCCCCAUAUGAAUAUAUAUUAUUUGACGGAGCAUCUAAGCCAGGGAUGGGCAAACGGCGGCCCGGGGGCCGCAUGCGGCCCCCACCUCCUCUUAUUCCGGCCCUCAGAUACAUUUAUAAACAACGUAAUUAAUUUUAAAAAAUAAGAAAAACUCACAAGAAACACCGGCUG